UGAUUGGUUAUUUUAAGCAGGGAAGUUUGCCGGCGUGGUAGGCAGUCUCACUCACAUUGGUGUCGCCCAUACGCUCUUGCUUAGCCUUCCCGCUACUGCGCAGCUCGACCCGGCCAAAGCUAUUCAGCCAGCCCCCUGUGUCUAUUUGCCCCUUCUGAGCAGCAUGUCUGAUUACGGCGCUCUGCCGACUAAUGGAGUCGGCGCGGGGAUGAAAAACGACGCUUUUGCAGAUGCUGUACAACGAGCCAGACAGAUUGCAGCUAAAAUUGGUGGAGACGGUGUUCCUUCAGUGAGCAACAACGGAGGAGCUGAGAACUAUCCAUUCACAGCACAGAAACGAUCCCUGGAAGAAGCAGAUGAACCCGAUGCCAAGAAGGUAGCAUCACAGAACGAAAUGGAUUCUCCAUUGUCUAUUGAAGCUCAGCUGGCUGCUCUGUCCCAACAAAGUGUCAGGCCCUCCACAAUGACAGAAGAGUACAGGGUGCCUGAUGGCAUGGUCGGUCUGAUCAUCGGUCGAGGAGGUGAACAGAUUAACAAAAUACAGCAGGAUUCUGGCUGCAAGGUCCAGAUUGCGCAUGACAGUGCCGGUCUUUCAGAAAGAAGUGUUUCUCUGACGGGGUCACCAGAUGCUGUACAGAGAGCCAAGGCACUUAUAGAUGACAUAGUGUCAAGGGGUCAUGAGUCGACCAAUGGGCAGUCAGGUUCCAUGCAGGAGAUGAUCAUCCCUGCAGGCAAGGCCGGCCUUAUUAUAGGCAAAGGAGGAGAGACCAUCAAACAGCUACAGGAGCGGGCUGGAGUCAAAAUGAUUCUAAUUCAAGAUGGAUCCCAGCCACCCAACAUUGAUAAACCCCUGCGCAUCAUUGGAGACCCCUACAAAGUGCAGCAAGCAAAGGAGAUGGUUAAUGAGAUUCUACGAGACAGGGAUCAUGCAGGUUUUGGAGACAGGAAUGAAUAUGGAUCAAGGAUGGGAGGAGGUGGUGGUGGUGGCGGCGGCGGCAUCGAUAUAGCUGUGCCCCGUCACUCUGUUGGGGUUGUAAUUGGCCGAAGUGGGGAGAUGAUCAAGAAGAUCCAGAGUGACGCUGGAGUGAAGAUACAGUUUAAACCAGAUGAUGGUACCGGUCCUGAUAAAAUAGCCCAUAUUAUGGGUCCACCAGACCAGUGUCAGCAUGCUGCCUCAAUCAUCACUGACCUGCUACAGAGCAUCCGUGCCCGAGAGGAGGGUGGGCAGGGGGGCCCCCCAGGUCCUGGUGCAGGGAUGCCGCCUGGUGGGCGAGGACGCGGUAGAGGCCAGGGAAACUGGGGUCCUCCGGGGGGGGAGAUGACCUUCUCCAUUCCUGCUCACAAAUGUGGACUUGUUAUUGGCAGAGGAGGAGAGAAUGUCAAAUCCAUCAACCAACAGACCGGUGCAUUUGUGGAGAUAUCUCGUCAGCCACCGCCAAACGGUGACCCAAACUUCAAACUGUUCAUCAUCCGAGGGUCCCCACAACAGAUUGACCAUGCAAAGCAGCUCAUAGAAGAGAAGAUUGAGGCUCCGUUGUGUCCAGUGGGGGGUGGUCCUGGUCCAGGAGGCCCAGGUGGUCCAAUGGGUCCCUAUAAUCCCAACCCUUACAAUGCAGGGCCUCCUGGUGGUGCCCCUCACCCUGUCCUUCUCUGCAGUGGAGCUGCGCCUGGUGGCCCCCAGUUCUGUCCUCAGGGUUGGGGAAAUACCUAUCAGCAGUGGCAAGCUCCAGGUCCACAAGACCCGAAUAAGGCAGCAGCUGACCCGAAUGCAGCGUGGGCAGCCUACUAUGCACAGUAUUACGGCCAACAGCCAGGGGGAGCCAUGGCAGCCCAGGCUCCAGGAGCUGCCGCUGCAGCACCAGGGGACCAGGGCCAAGGAGCACAGGCCUCUGGGGGCCAGCCAGACUACACUAAAGCUUGGGAGGAAUACUACAAGAAGAUGGGCAUGACCCAGCCAGCUGGAGGGGCAGCAGCAGCUCCAGCUGCAGCAGCAGCAGCAGCAGCCGCCGCAGCAGCAGGAGGAGCUGCAGCUGGAAGCCAGCAGGACUACAGCGCAGCCUGGGCUGAAUACUAUAGACAGCAGGCUGCCUACUAUGGACAGGCAGGACAGGCGCCAGGACAGGCAGCUGCUCCACAGCAGGGACAACAGGCCCAGUAAACAAUUGGCUCGGUCUGUUGGACGGUUGUGAUGGCUCUCUGGACUUGUUUUUUUUCUAUCAAGAGAUUUCCUUUUUGGCUUUAAGACAAGACCAUGGUUUACUCAUCCACCCAGACAUUUUCUAUUCCAACCUUCUUGUUUGUUUUUUGUUUUUUUUUUAGUCAAAAUUGAAGAAAGGAAAAAGGGAACACAUUUUGUCCAUGCAUUGAACAAAGCACUAAAUAACUGCUUGGGCUACUAUUCAGUUUGCCCCUUCACCUCACCCACACCUUGUAAUACAUCCGAUCAUUUUUAAAAAAUGUGAAAUAAGCAUCUUUGCUUGCAAGCUAGCACAACAACAUCUCAACACUGACUCACAUUUAAGUAGUUUUUCCCCUUCAAUUUCCUGAGGGUAAAAAACAGUCUAGCAGUAUUUUGAAUAUAUCCAGAAAUUAUGUUUGUAAGAAGAAAAAAAAAUACAGAAAUGGGUUUUUUUUUUUCUGUGUAAUUUUUUUUUUUUAAACUUCAUUUUUAAAAAUAUUCACCGUAUUUAAGUUGCAGGUGUAUUUCUCCCUGCUAUCAUGAUUUCUUAGUUUUAAUUUUAUUCAUUGUAAUUUUCCAUAAGGGGGUCGUGUGUGUCUGUAUACAGUGUAUGCUACUGAACAGAAAACGUGUGUGAAUUGGCUGUGACUGUCCUGCAGUAUGUGGGUUGGUUCUGUGUGUGUGCAUGUAUGUGUUUGUGUGCUUGACUGCCCUCUGUUUAAUUUCUGUAUUGUUGGAGUUUGUUUCCCCCCCAAUAAGUUCCGUUACUGUAUGCUUUUUUUAAUGUUAUUUUUUACAGCUUGUUUUUAAAUACUUAAAAUAAAAACAUUCAAAUUA